CGCUUUUGGAUUGGGUCGGGUCGAGUCAAGAUCGAGAUUUGAGAAAGUUUAGAGCAGAUACGAGCUUGCAAGCUCUACAACCUUCCACCAUCUACCCACCCGCGUGUGUCAUCUGCGAAUAUGUCUGAGUCCAAAGGUCGCGUCCUCCUUGCUUACUCCGGUGGCUUGGGUCGACACCUCCUGUAUCCUCGCUUGGUUGAUCGAGCAAGGAUAUGAAGUCUACGCGUUCAUGGCCGAUGUUGGACAGGAGGAGGACUUCGAGGCUGCUCAAAAGAAGGCUCUCGCCGUUGGUGCCAAGAAGUUCUUUUUGGAGGAUCUCAAGCGGGAGUUCGUGACCCAAUUGAUUUACCCUGCCCUCCAGGCGAACUGCAUUUACGAGAAUGUUUACCUUCUCGGAACCUCUCUCGCGCGACCUGUUAUUGCCCGUGGAAUGAUGUCCGUUGCCGACAGGGAAGGCUGCGAUUAUGUCUCGCACGGUUGCACAGGAAAGGGUAAUGACCAAGUUCGUUUUGAGCUUGCGUUCUAUGGUUUGAAGCCCGAUAUCAAGGUCAUCGCACCCUGGCGAAUUCCUGACUUCUACCAUCGAUUUGCUGGUCGACAGGCUCUCCUUGCAUACGCCGCUGAGAAGAAAAUUCCCGUCCAACAAACCGCUGCCAAGCCAUGGUCAACUGACGAGAACCUGUUCCAUAUCUCAUAUGAGGCUGGUAUCCUUGAGGACCCAGACAUCACUCCUCCCACAGAUAUGUGGAAGCUCACCACCGCUCCCGAGGAUGCACCAAGUACUCCUGAACGUAUUUCCAUCGAGUUCAAGGCCGGUCUUCCUGUCAAGGUUACUGUCCCUGAACAGCAAAAAUCCUUUACUGAUGCAGUUGAGGUGUUCACCACCCUUAACUCCCUUGCUCGCAAACACGGUAUCGGUCGUAUCGACAUCGUUGAGAACCGAUUCAUUGGUGUCAAAUCUCGUGGAUGCUAUGAAUCUCCUGCAGCUACCAUCUUGCGUGUGGCCCACGUGGACCUUGAGGGUUUGACUCUCGACAGGAACGUUCGUGCACUCCGAGACCAGUUCGUUACCAUCGAGCUCAGUCGAAUCCUGUACAAUGGCCACUGGUUCACUCCUGAGCGGGAAUUCGUCACCAGCGCCAUCCCUGCUAGCCAGAGGACUGUCAAUGGUCUUGUUCGUCUCAAAUUGUACAAGGGCAACGUUGUCGUCGAAGGACGAUCAUCAGAUGAGGGUCUCUAUGAUGAGAGGGAAUCCUCCAUGGAUGAGCUCGGUGGAUUCGAGCCCACCGACACUUCCGGAUUCAUCCAAAUCGAAUCCAUCCGCAUCAAAAAGUGGGCACAAGCCAACAUCCGCAAGGGACAGGCCGGCGUUGCUCCCGAAGAUGUUUAUGGCUCCCGAGUCUGAAAUGUACAAUCAUUGAUGUCUUGCCUUACUGUAUAUCAUUGCAAUGUAAAAAAUUAUAUGUAGAGCAAGUCCAGGUAAAUUGCAUGUAUUGACGGAACAUGAGAAAGCUGCUAUGUUGUCGGUCUCGAGAUAAUGAACACAGGUUAUGUUUAGAUAAGCAACACU